AGCACCGAGGAGGAAGGAGGAAGUGAGAGCGGCAGCAGAAAGCCCCAUGAUGAGCCAUUUUGCUCAGUUGAACGUGUGAUGAGAGAGGGAAGUGUGAACAGCAGCAAACUCCACUGAACACCGGCCUGAAAACGCUGCCCUGAAAACGUCUCCAGCUCCAGCGGGUCCCCAUCUCUUCAGUCCGGUCUGAUCAGCAUCAACGAUGGCUCAAGGUUGCCUCAAGUGCUUAAAGUACACGAUGUGUGCCGCCAACUUCCUCAUUUUUAUGUCUGGGGUGGCAGUUCUGGGAUUUGGUGCCUACAUGAUGGUGAGCUUCAGGCUGUCUGCUCUGACGCCGAGCCUGUCCCAGAUCAACAUCCCCAACAUGCUGCUGAUCAGCGGCAUCAUCAUCACCUGCGUGUCCUUCCUGGGCUUCCUGGGGGCCCUGAAGGAGAACCGCUGCCUGCUGCUGACGUUCUUCCUGGUGCUGUUCCUGCUGAUGCUGGUGGAGCUGACGGCAGCCUGCCUGCUGCUCAUGUACGAGGACCAGAUUGGUGACGUGAUAAGAAAAGACCUCAACGAAGGUUUACAGAAAGUGAAAGGGCAGGGCAGUAAGAACAGCAGCAUGAGCGACUGGGACCUGGUGCAGAAGACGUUCCAGUGCUGCGGUGUGAACGGCUCGGCGGACUGGGGGAAUCCGGUGCCGAAGUCCUGCUGCAUGAACAGCCCGUGUGAGCAGCCCCGGCCCGAGUACUGGCCCCAGGGCUGCCUGACCAAGCUGAACGCUUGGUUUGAGGAGAACUUCCUGACCACCGGCAUCUCCGUCAUUGUUCUCUGCAUAAUCGAGGUGUUGGGGAUGUGCUUCGCCAUGACGCUCUUCUGCCACAUCAGCAGAUCUGGACUGGGAUACAAGCUAUAGGCUCCUUAAAGGUCCCCGUCCCACCCUGUCUUGCCCUGACCCCCCUGUCCUCGUCCCCGCUCAUGUUGAUCAGGAACCUGCAGCCUUCACUCUCACCCCGCCCCGUCUCCCCGCUCAUGUUGAUCACCAGAGCCGGUCCAAGGGCCCCGUGACCACUAGGGGGCCCCCAAGAGUUAAAAAAUAUAUUUUUUAAUGUGUGAGUGAUGAUUCAUACAUUAUCAAAGGUAUGUUAUUGUACAAAAACACAAUUAUUAAUAUUAAUUAUAGUUCUAGUUUUUGUAGUACUUUGUUGUGGUACUUCAAAUUGCUGUUGCUGUUUAUUUAAAACCAAAAAUAAAGUAGAUAACGUGUUUACAGUAAAUGGUUUAUAAAUGAUCUAUUUGAUUAUUUUGUUUCUUUUAGUAGGCCUACACUGUAGAUGACACUCAGCAUCACACUUAGUACUAUAUCACUUUAAAUAUUAAGUGUAAAUCAACCCCAGGCCGCUCUUGUAGCUGAAUUUUCUCCCAUUUCAGAUUAAAAACCAUAGAUGGUAAAAACCUGCCAGGCUGACAGUAGGAUGAUGGAAACAACACUGCUGCAACUGUGCAGCUCUCUGACCUUUGACCUGUUGCUUCUCUGUGUGGCCAGUAGGGGCAGUUGCUGACUUUGCAAAAUAUUAAUUGAAAGAUUUUUCUACAAGUUUGUUAAUCCGUUUUUGCUUCCAUGGUCUUAAUCCCUGUGGAUUACAAUCUAACUACAACAAAAAGUUCUUACAUCUAGUUUUACAAGUGUAUUUGUACUAACAGGGAAGAACAUGAAAUAAGUUUAUAGUGGGUGUGUGAAUGAUCAAUAAUCAGUAUUAUUGGCAGUAAUAGAGGGCCUCAUGGAAGCUUGGGCCGGCCCUGUUGAUCAGGAACCUGCGUCUUCCUCUUCCGCUCCGUUAGCGCGGAGUUUGGCUCCGGCUCCUGUGAACCAAUCAGACGCAGGUCCGCCGAUCACGUGGUAAUGAGGGGCGGGGCUUAGCCCGUACUGAGAAAGGUGGGCGGGGCUACACCCGCUGUUUCAACACACCAUGUUAUAUGUUGUUCAUGAUACCUCCAAAAAAUAUCUUCUAUUUUCUUAUAUUGUAUUUCCUCCACUAGCAGUUUGUAUAAAUGUGUGUUCUUGUUUAUAAAUUGUGUUCAAUAAAAAAAAAGUCUUAAAAUGAUUGACAGGCUGACCACAUUAACAGUUCAAAACAAGACGAAGGUAUCAUUAAAUUCGACAUCAAGGCGUUUUUGUGUACAUAUGAAAAAUCUAUAAACACGUUAACUAUUUUGUUCUACUUUAUUUUUUGUAUGCGUCUCUACAAGGUACGUUUGUCAAAAUAAAUUUUUUUAAAGAAAUAUCUGUAAAAUAUUUUCACAAAGUAUUCUGAGCUGAACUGAAAGUUUGAAUAAUAAAGUACACUUCCUGUAUAAA